AUGAGCAUCGUUAGGCUGUUUACCCUUCUGUUUUUCGUUCUGCUGAUAACUCAGUCAAUUUUUGGGUCUCCCUUCAAGCAAGACAAUCAUGUCGAAAGGACUCCUGGAUCGUCCUCUAAACGCACUGAGGUAAAAUAGUUCUCUUUGAAAUAAGAUAGUCAAUUGGCGUCUUGUGUUUAAGACGAACAUGAAAGUUUCUCUUAAGGGUGGCGUGAUAUCUACGAAAAUGCAACUCAAUGUUCUAAUGGAAUCUGGGUUGUUUCACUGAAACAAAAUGAACCCUGAUCUCGGACAAUAUAAAGCCGACUAACCCCCCCUCCAGUUCAGAAUUCUAAUCUCAAAACUCGCUUUCCCUUCUCUCCAAAACACCGAUUACCCUUGUGAGUGUAUAGUGCUGCGAGUAGAUACUAGGUAGUUUUAGACCUUAACGUUUGAAUGUAUAAUAAACAUUUUUAUAAUUUUAAGCUGUAAAUUUAUUGAGUUCUUUGCGAUGUGUGUCCCUCAAUGAUCAAUUUUCAGUUUGGCGAAGUGUAAACUGAAUGAAUACACAGCCAUCACGCAAUUCUUGGUGAUUUCGCUAAGGCUCGCAGCGAUAAUUUUAGCCGGCUUCCGAUUUCAUCUCUGUGCCUCAAAUGUAUUGAAAUACACAGAGGAAAAAUUGGUGACCAAAAAAAAAAAUACUUAUUCCAGUUUGUAUUCAGUGGAAUGACCUUUUCUUCACAAAUACAGGGGCGACAGGGCUCGUCCUCGAUCUUUACUCGUAAAGAAGGCGAAGAGAAAAACAAGCGAAAAGGUAAUUGCAUCAGUUGUUUAGAAGUUGCGUACCAUAACCUUUGAAAACAAAAGGGAGAAACAAAAAGAAGCUGAAACGUAAGGCUGCACAGGCUAGCUGUUUGGUUUCUGCAAAAACGAAAACAUUCAUUAGCCGCCUGUUUAUUUUAAACUUGGUUUGUUUUAAUACCACUAAGUGUGCAACUAUAAAUUUUAUCUUGCUGUGUUCUUUAAAAUUUUAGCUGACGCUGGUGCUGUCAUCAGCGGUGCUCAACUUGGCUUGAGCAUUCUCGCAACAAUUUUAAACACCCUUGGUAGCAUAAGCCGCAAGGUCGCCAUUGGUGUUGAUAACGAAAGUGGAUAUAAAUGGAGAGCAGUCAACAUAUAUUUUUAUUCAGGGACGUCAGAUCGUGUUUUGCCUCGUGAUGUUUCUUCAGGUAAAAUUAAUAUUAAUAACAUAAAAGUUUAAAAUCCUUUCUUUUAGUAAUGACACUGAGUCCCGUAUGCAGGAUGGUGUCAUUAGCUUGUUUGUUUUGUUUUCCCAACGUUCUUCGGGGACUGAUUUGUCUUUUAUAUAAUUUAUGCAUACAUCCUGACACGUGGGUGCACGUGCAAAAGACGACAUUGAAAGAAACAGUUCUCUGUGGUACCAUCACUUCAAUGGUCUGAAAUGGGAAAACAAACCAUACAAGCUAAAAAGGUCUGAUCUAUUACUAUAGAAUCCAUUUUGGUUUUCUUGUCAUAUUUAAUUUUUCUAGCCAAUCUCUGCGAGGAGUUUAACCUGCAAUCGGGGGGUCCUUCUUCCCUUUUUGUUUUGGGGGCCUGAUCACAGGUUAUGCGAGGUUUGAAAAAUAAAAGCCCUUGUUUGUCCAAGAAAGCAAAACCCUAGUGAUUCUGGUAGUAGUAGUAGUUAAAUGAGCUCAUCGUGCAAAGGGCCUAUUACUGUAGGAAACCAAGGGCGAACUCAGCGACCACUUACCCUAAAGAGUAAAGAAACUGUAUUAGACGAUUUGCCCCUUCUUGAAAGUUUGCUGACAACAGAUUUAUGUUUUGCUUUGUCAGAACGACAAAAUGACUUCAAGGGUUGAAAGAGCUUCUUAAACCAACCAAAAGUAGUAUUCUGAGUGUGUGAUGUUCAGAAUGAGCUUCCCUUUGCGUGUGAUUUGGGGAAAAGAUAAGCAAUCACUAACCUGACACAAGUAAAAUUUCUGGGUGGCAAUAAAGGAGGACAUUUUAAUGAUCUGACACAUUCUUUGUAAAUUUUUUUGGGGUACAUGCCUCUAUUCCGUGAUGCUUGUUUGCCAUGGAUUAUUGUGACGAAUGAUCCUGUUUAUGAUUUUUGUUUAAAUUGCUUAUUUGUUUGCUUAUUUCUAGGCACAACUUUGCUUUACGGCGCACGAAAAACUGCAGGGCCCGUUGCGAGAGGCGCAGUAGGAGUAUUAACAUACUACAUCUCACACAUCGAUAAAACACUUGCUGUUAUGUAUUCCGUUCCAUUUGACUACAAUUGGUACAGCAAUUGGUUUGAUGUUUGGCUUUACAGUGGUAAAAGACGCGCCAACUACAAUCUUUGUUACCAGAUGUAUUACGAUAUUCCCUUCGAAGGAGAUAACUACUGGCACGAGAGAAAUUUGGGAUCGAGACUCCGAGCAAGGGGGGCCAUGUCUAACUCCGGUCAAGCCACCAUCGAAAUUCACAUACUGAAGCAGUAA